GGGACGUCGCUGAGAAGAUAAACAAAAAAGGCAGGAAGCCUUCGGCUACACAAUCGCGGCAAAAUCGGUUUAAAAUUUUAGCUUGGAGCUGCAGUUAGUAACUACAUGCAGCCUUUUAUUGCUUAGGUACGUGCCACACGGAGUUUACAGUCAUGGACGACGCAAUCAUAUUCCGUAUGAGUGCAUUUUCCGAGCAAGGAGGGAGAAAGUACAUGGAGGAUGUUGUCGAGAUAAGACUCGAGUACGAGCCGACGCCGACGCCAGCCGAAGACUAUCCAAAUUCUCAGAGACAAGGGGGACCGGGAAAAGCGGGAAGUGAAGCUAUCAAACAGACUCAUAGUGAGACCCACGGACACGAGGUUUCCGCCGAGUCGAGUCCAGCUACUGCAGCGUGGACAGAGAGUUUAUCAGACGGGGAUAGCGGCAACAUCAGUGCACCAACAUCAGACCAAAAAGACGCGGAAAAUCUAGUCGAUACUCGAAGGUCCGUGGCGUUUUUCGCCGUCUUCGAUGGCCAUGGGGGCCGAGAAGCAGCACAUUUCGCCAGGGAGAAUCUGUGGGGUCUGCUGAAAAGGCAGCGGGGGUUUUGGUCGAAGGAUCACAGCGAAGUGUGUGCCGCUCUACGGAAAGGCUUCAUCGCUUGCCACCACGCAAUGUGGAAAGAGCUACCUGAGUGGCCAAAGACUAUUACUGGGCUGCCGAGUACAUCGGGCACCACAGCUAGUGUCAUUGUCAUCCGUGGGGUUCACAUGUAUGUUGCCCACGUAGGGGAUUCAGCUGUAGUGGUUGGAGUGAAAGAAAAUGACUCUGACAUCACGCUCCAGGCACUUGAAGUAACACAAGACCAUAAACCUGAACUUCCUAAAGAGAAGGAAAGGAUUGAACGACUUGGUGGCAGUGUAAUGAAAAAAUCUGGGGUGAACCGUGUUGUGUGGAAGAGGCCCAGGCUGACCCAUAAUGGCCCUGUGAGGAGGAGUACAGUCAUUGACCAGAUCCCUUUCCUGGCCGUAGCCCGAUCCCUUGGUGACCUCUGGAGCUAUGAUUUCUACAGUGGAGAGUUUGUGGUUUCUCCUGAACCUGAUACCACCGUGAUGACCCUUGACCCCAAACGGCAUCGUUACAUUAUUCUCGGCAGUGAUGGACUGUGGAACAUGAUGCCACCCAAGAAUGCUGUUAAUAUGUGUUAUAGUCACGACAAAAUGGUGGGGCCAAAGGGAAUGUCUUGCGCCCGCCGGCUGGGAUGCACAGCUCUGUUGUUUUGGAAGGAACGCAUGCUCCGUGCAGAUAAUACGACAGUCAUUGUCCUAGCCCUACAGGAACGCGGUGGCCCAGCUAUCCCUAUGCAUCGAGAUGAGAUUGUUGUCGACAUGGCUACAGGAAUUGACCAUGUUCCUGGCCCAGGGACGACUUAUAACACAUGUGAGGUCCCAAAGGCGGAGCAUGAGGAUGGCAUGUUUUAUGACGAAGAUGAGGUAUUUGGAGAAGAACAUGAGGGAUGGACAUGCCUGGAGUGGUAGUGAGUGGAGUGGCGAACCACUGAAUGUUCCCUCACCUUUCAAAGAAAGUUCCACAACCCUGGAGCAGGCAUUUGGGUUUUACGAAGCCGCUUUCUGUGCGACCACACAGCUCUUACCCGACAUUGACUCCGUCGGGGAUGCGCUGCCCCCUUCAGACGACGUUUUUGAAAAGCAAGACUCGACCACGCAGAUGGACUGUGCUACUUCCCCUCCGCCAAUAAAAAGGUCUCGCCGCUGUUCGCACAUCUCCCCAGAACUCAAAGGUCCUCAUCGUCGGCUCGGCCGGCCCCCCAACAAAGGUUUGCCCCCAAAGACGCCUCACGGCGAGACGGAAAACAAACAGUCCCUUCAAACUCAAAGCAGAGAAAGAAGCUCCUCUGAGGAACGCAGCAUCCUUUCACAGCACCACAACGCUGCCUUGUGCGUGUGCUGAAUCCAGUCUCAUACUCAAUGUGGUUGUUGGCCGCCACACUGAACUAAUGAACUAAUGAUGUGCAUCGUGUUGACUUUGAACCAGGUGUGCCACAGGCCUAUUCCUAAAUGUAUCCUUUUACUACAAAGUCCUUUUUUUUUUUUCUUUUGUAAAUAUGUGAGAAAUUGUGAAUAUGUUAUUCCUUUAUUUUCUUGCCCCCACUUUGUGUUUUGAGUUUUGAAUUGCUCUGUUUACGCUACCAAGUGUCAUACUUAAGUGUGUACAAUAUAUUCAUAAGCCAGCUAAUGGGAGAUCAGAAAACAACAUCAGUUGAGCAGAACUAUUAAGCAUGUGAUCCUCGAGAUUUUUAUCAACUAUACAUGAACUAUUUUAGAUCGUUUUUUUGUUUUGUUUUUUAACUUGGUGGAUGGUAUUACAUGCUAGCCUUUGUUUGACUAGAUUUAAUAUUUCAGAUCAGUUGUUUGGAUCCCUGCUGAGCUAAAUGUGCUACUGACUCAGCAUCUGGAAAGGGUUCAGAGCCAGUUCACAUCAAAUGGGGAGGCUCAGGCCUCUAGUAUUGUUUAGGGUUCAAGCAACGGGUGUGAGGAAAUUAUGCAGGUUCCGGUUUUGAAUCUGUAUUAAUUAUGUGCUGUUAUGAUCACAGCUUUUACUCAUAUGAUUGAUGAAUUUCAUGCAUAGCUUGUGUUGUGAUAAAGGCUAACUUCACACAGAUUACAUGUUCUUAUAAUGGUGUGUACUUGUAUGUACACAAUUUGAGUGAAAUGGUCAAUUAAUGUUUUUUGGGUUCUUAUUUUAUUUUUGGGCUUUCCUGUUAUUCUGUUCCACUCGCCUUAAUUUAUUUUUAUUUAUCAUUUGGCCAAUUGAAUGACACUUUUGGACCUCUUUACAACUUUAAUUAAUAAAGGCAGCAAAAGAGGUUAUUGAAUCGAACGGGUGUCUACGUAUUGGAAAAGCCGAGCACACUACCUGUCCACUAGGCACUAACUAACAACUUCAACAUGUCUUCCUCUUUGUUGUUUUAUACUGUAUUCUUUGUAUAUGCAUGGUUUUGCAUCCGCAGCUUGUUUGACUCUACGAAGGCAACACUUUAUGUUCCGUGCGUUGAAUACAUUAAGUGCCCGAUUCGUGGUGUUGUGUUCAUACGGCAGCUCAGCAAAAGUCCCGGCUCAUUCAUUGCCUUCUUUUUCCAUUUUAAAAUGUCAUGGAUGCCUUAGCACAGCCGAGUCCGACGUACUCUUUGCAUUAUUUUACGUAUUUGGGAACCAAACAGGUGACAAUCUCUGUGGCCCAGCCUCGAACGCCAUGCACCUUCAGUUAGUCUAAUUAGUCAUUAGUCUAAUUCUACCAUUUGCACUGCGUCACACUAAAUCUGCUCUGCGUGGUUAAUAUUUUGUUCCUGUUACUUUGAGCGGUUUGUUCGUUUUUGUACGGUGCGUCAAUAUGCAAUAGAAGUAUGUACAGUACAUUAUUAUGCAAAGUAAUUGGGGUGUUUCAGGAGUCUGGCAUGCUCAGAUCUAUUCCAUGUGUUGUGAAGUGUCCAGAUGGGUGUUAAUGGGCAUGUGGUGUGAUUUGACAAGUUACAAUGCUUUGGUCUGACUUUGUAUCCAAAUGCUGCCGGUUUUCAAGAUUUAACUGUGUAAGUUACAGACUUUGAAAGUGACUGGGUAUAAAGUGUUUGUGUGUUGUAAUAAAGUUCUCAUUUUUCACAGA